CCCGCGCGCCCCCCGCUCCCACCGCCCGCCGCCUCCGAGCCGGUGAGAGCGGUUGUGACUCUCGGCCUCAGCCCGCCCCAGGCCCGGCCAGCCUGAGAGCCCCGCGGACCCCGCGCCCCCAGCCCGCCGCCAUGGAGGCCCCCGCCGCCGAGGUCCUGGUCGAAAGCCCCGACGUGGUCUACGGCCCCGAGGCCAUCGAGGCGCACUACGAGUACCGGACGACGCGCGUGAGCCGCGAGGGCGGCGUCCUCAAGGUGCACCCCACGGCCACGCGCUUCACUUUCCGGACGGCCCGGCGGGUGCCCCGCCUGGGGGUCAUGCUCGUCGGCUGGGGGGGUAACAACGGUUCCACGCUCACGGCCGCCGUGCUGGCCAAUCGCCUGCGUCUGAGCUGGCCCACGCGCACGGGACGCAAGGAGGCCAACUACUACGGCUCGCUGACGCAGGCUGGCACCGUGAGCCUCGGCCUGGACGCCGGGGGCCGCGAGGUGCACGUGCCCUUCCGCGCGCUGCUGCCCAUGGUGGCGCCCGACGACCUCGUGUUCGACGGCUGGGACAUCUCGUCGCUGAACCUGGCCGAGGCCAUGCGGCGCGCGCAGGUGCUGGACUGGGGGCUGCAGGAGCAGCUGCGGCCGCACAUGGAGGCGCUGCGCCCGCGGCCGUCCGUCUACAUCCCUGAGUUCAUCGCCGCCAACCAAGGAGCUCGCGCCGACAACCUCAUCCUGGGCUCGCGUGCGCAGCAGCUGGAGCAAAUCCGCCAGGACAUCCGCGACUUCCGAUCCAGUGCGCGGCUGGAUAAGAUCAUCGUGCUAUGGACAGCCAACACCGAGCGCUUCUGCGACGUGGUCCCCGGUCAGAACGACACGGCCAAGAACCUUCUGCGCAGCAUCGAGCUGGGCCUGGAGGUGUCGCCGUCCACGCUCUUCGCCGUGGCCAGUAUUCUGGAGGGCUGCGCCUUCCUCAACGGCUCCCCACAGAACACGCUGGUGCCCGGCGCGCUCGAGCUGGCGUGGCAGCACCGCGUUUUUGUGGGCGGAGACGACUUCAAGUCCGGCCAAACCAAGGUCAAGUCCGUGCUCGUGGACUUCCUCAUCGGUUCGGGCCUCAAGACCGUGUCCAUCGUGAGCUACAACCACCUGGGCAACAACGACGGGCAGAACUUGUCAGCGCCGUCCCAGUUCCGCUCCAAGGAGGUGACCAAGAGCGGCGUGGUGGAAGACAUGGUGCACAGCAACUCCGUGCUGUACGCGCCGGGCGAGCAGCCGGACCACUGCGUGGUCAUCAAGUACGUGCCGUACGUGGGCGACAGUAAGCGCGCGCUGGACGAGUACACGUCGGAGCUGAUGCUGGGCGGGAUCAACACGCUGGUGCUGCACAAUACGUGCGAGGACUCGCUGCUGGCCGCGCCCAUCAUGCUGGACCUGGCGCUGCUGACCGAGCUGUGCCAGCGCGUGAACUUCUGCACUGACGCCGACCCUGAGCCGCAGGGCUUCCACCCUGUGCUCUCGGUGCUCGGCUUCCUCUUCAAGGCGCCGCUCGUGCCGCCCGGCAGCCCCGUGGUCAACGCGCUCUUCCGCCAGCGCAGCUGCAUCGAGAACAUUCUCAGGGCCUGCGUGGGGCUGCCUCCGCAGAACCACAUGUUUCUGGAGCACAAGAUGGAGCGCCCCGGGCUCGAGCGAGUCGGGCCGGUGGCCUGCCCGGUGCCGUGCAAGGAGUCUGUGCCCGCCGCCCCCAACGGCUGCACGGGCGAUGCCAACGGGCACCCGCAGGCGGAGGCAUCCCAGGUGGCCACCGCCUGAGGCUGUGGGCAUCCGGGUCCCCCGCCACUCUGGCCCCUGCCAGUCCACCCUACUGGACCCCAAAUACAAUAAAGCAGGUGCCUCUGUCACAGAA